GAGGGCGGGCCGGGGGCGGACCGAGCCACCGAGCGAUUCACGAGCGCAGGCAGCGGCCUAGCCUCAGCUGGACCCGGGGGACCGUGAAAAGCCAGUCGCCGUCACUCGCACAGCAACCGAGGACGAGAGAAGCGCGACACGAUAUGCAGUCAUGAAGCGGGGUCGCACUGAGCAGAUCCAGUACUCCGUGGCUCAGUACCUGAAGAGGAGGCAGUAUGUGGACACUGACGGCUCCCUGAAGGGAGCCAAACUCUUCCAGUCAGCGGAGGAAAUGGCUGCCAGCCUCACAGUGCAGACGGAGUCGGGUUGUGUCAACAUCGUCUCUGCUGCUCCCUGUCAAUCAGAUCCACAGCAGUAUGAGACUCAGUUCUCCAGACUGCGCUCCUUCCUGUCAGAGACGGAGAUUCCCUGGGCGAAGGAGGUGAGCAGUGUCCUCUACCCGCUCUUUGUCUACCUCCACCUGGACAUGGUGCGCUGUGGCCUGAAGGGGGCAGUAGACGGUUUCUACAGUCGUUUCCACGGCGCCUUCCUUCAGGACGGCGAGCAGCGGGCCACCGUGGAGCAGCUCCGCCACGUCCUCACCGCUCAGGACGUCGUGGCCAAUCCCAAGCUGAGCGCUUUCCUGGAGCACAAGUAUGUGAUUCACCUGACGGAGCCGGCCUACGGCUACCUGCUGCGCUACCUGCAGAGCGAGGACAACAGCGCCCUCUGCAGGGCCCUCAGCACACACCUGCAGCUGGAGGUCACCGACUCCAGGCGAACGGACUACCAGCUGUACGGAGCCGCGGGCGGGGCCACCGUCACACCAAACUCCGCCUCCUCCUGGGCGGGUGUUGACGGUGCGGAGGGCGGGGAGGGAGUGGAGGUCCCUGCCGGGAUCCCGCAGAGCGAGACGGCCCUGGAGGCGCUGCAGGACUGCAUCAAGAAGGUCCGCGAAGGCCCGCCCUCGCUCACCACCGUGUGUUUCUACGCCUUCCACCACACGGAGCAGAUGCUGAACACGGCCGAGGUGUCGGCCGACAGCCGGCUGCUUGCCGCGGGCUUCGACUGCUCCACGGUGAAGCUGUGGAGUCUCCUCGCCAGAAAACUCAAGGCCAAAGCUCAUCGGGCCGACGUGUCGCGCAUACACCUGGCCUGCGACGUCCUGGAGGAGGAGGUGGACGAGGAGGACGUCUGCGGCAGCGAGAUAAAGACUCUGCGAGGUCACAGUGGCCCCGUCUUCCGCACCUGCUUCCUGACGGACAGCUCCGGCCUCCUGUCCUGCUCUGAGGACACCACCGUCCGCUACUGGGACCUGGGCAGCUUCACCAACACGGCGCUCUACCGGGGCCACGCCUACCCAGUGUGGGACGUGGACGUCAGCCCCUGCAGCCUCUACUUCGCCAGCGGCUCCCACGACCGCACUGCCCGCCUCUGGACCUUUUCCCGCACGUACGCGAUGCGUCUCUACGCCGGCCACCUCGCCGACGUCGACUGUGUCAAGUUCCACCCAAACUCCAACUACCUGGCCACCGGCUCCACGGACAAAACUGUGCGGCUGUGGAGCACCCAGCAGGGGGCGUCUGUGCGCCUCUUCACUGGCCACCGCGGCCCCGUGCUCUCUCUGACUUUCUCACCUAACGGUAAGUACUUGGCAUCGGCGGGCGAGGACCAGCGGGUGAAGCUGUGGGACUUGGCGUCCGGGACGCUGUUCAAGGACUUGCGUGGACACACAGACAGCGUCACCAGCCUGUCUUUCAGCCCGGACAGCAGCCUGGUGGCAUCGUCCUCCAUGGACAACUCGGUGCGGGUGUGGGACGUCCGUAACUCCCACUGUGGGACGCCGGCCGACGGCUCGUCCAGUGAACUGGUGGGACUGUACACGGGCAACGCCAGCAACAUCCUCAAAGUCCAGUUCAUGGCCUGUAACCUGCUGCUGGUGACGGGGACAGCACAGGAGAAGACGGAGCAGUAGACACGGACCAGAGACCUCCCCAGAGGUCCUCAGUAGUUUGUGGUGAAAAGAAGUUUUUUUUCUAUCUUUUGUCAAAAGCAUUUCCACUUAAAUUAUCUCGUGUUCUUUCACCUCGAUGUCAGUAUUAAAUUGUAACGAUGACCAUUAA